CUCAAACUCUCGCCAACCCGUUUCUUUUCAUACACUCUAUCACUAUAAGAAAUCAUGUCUUCCUACACAGCCCAGCCGGGGCACGCAGUGCUGCUCGUUGCACGUGCCAGCGCCGAUGCCCACAACCUCGAUUCGCUGCAGCAGCUGCGCGACACGCUUGCGCAGCAGGUCGGCACCACAGGCACAGUUGAUUUUGAGCAGGCCGACCGCAUUGCCGACGGCUCGGCAGUGCUCGGCAGCGCACGCUACGACCACAUCAUUGCCAGCCCUGUGGCACCCUACACCGUCGAGUACAGCCGGGCGGUCCUGGCAGCGCUUCUGAACGCGUUGAAGCCCGGCGCAGUCCUGACAGUGAACGAGCUGGCGCUGGACUCGGCCACAGAUCUUCCGGAAUCGCCGGUUACACGGACGCAGGAAGAGCUGGUGGCACAGACCAAAUUUGCUGGGUUUGUUGAACCACACCUGGAGGCUGCUGCGGUCGGCAAUACCGAGCUGGAGCAGCUGGUGCAGAAUGUGUGGCGGAUGGCCGGCGCCCAGGAGUUCCUGCAGACGGCCGCGGGCCGUGUGAGCGUGGCAAGCGUUACGGCGAAGAAGCCAGCGUACAAUGUGGGGUCGGCAGCGGCGCUGUCGUUUGGCAAGAAGCGCGCGGCGAAGAAGGUGUGGAUGAUCAAUGUGGCCUCGGAUGACGAGGACGAGAUCGAGGACCAGGACGAUCUGCUCGAGGCAGAGGACCUGGCGCGGCCCGACGCAAAGAGCCUGGCGCGGCCCGAUGGGCUGCCGGCGAAGCGCAAGGCGUGCAAGAACUGCACGUGCGGGCUGGCCGAUGGCGAGGAGCCCGAUCCGACAAAGUGCAAGCCCUCCAAGCCCAAGCCCAAGCCCAAGAAGCCCGUCGAUGUCGUCAACGUCAAGUCCGCAUGCGGCAACUGCAGCCUCGGCGACGCCUUCCGCUGCACGUCGUGCCCGUACAUGGGCAUGCCGGCCUUCAAGCCCGGCGACAAGAUCACGCUGGGCGGCAGCCUGCUGCACGAUGACUUUAUUCCGUAAAUUCUUUA